AUGGAGCCUGAUGAUGAGCUCUUCUUCCUCCUCUGUGAUGUUCCCUCUCUUAAUGCCGGGCCGCAGAUAGUUCAACCACCUCAGCCUGCAGCUCUUCGGGCAUCUGUUCAACCCUACAGAGAGAAGAACCCCCCGGCGACCUCAGGGGGAAAGCAAAAAAUGGGAAGAGAAGGGGAUUCCAGCUAACUCUCCGACGAGCACCUGCGUUCUUGGGGAGGCUCCGCCACCGCCCGAGGCCGUGAGCGGCGAUGUACUCCGACAGAAGCUUGUCCUCCUGGCUGGUCCAGGCUCCCCGCUUCACCCCUUCCUCGGGGCGGCAGCUUCCCCUCAUCAUCCUCCCUCUCGCUGGAGGCCGCCCCGCCGGAGCAGAGCAAAACCCGCCGCGCGCCACCACUCAAAUACGGCGCAGUCCGCGGGCCCCCGGAGGAGGAGCUACAUCCCAAAACAGGGGAGCCCAUUAAUGGAGCCAACCAACUCUUCCCCUCGGAUUCACCCACCCUCUUGGCCGGGACUUGUUCUUCGUUCCUUCCGGGGAGGUGACGAGGGAGACGGCUCGUCGGACGUCGAUUGUCUACGCUGAAAACGUGGGGAUCUUGUUGGGGGCCUGCCGGCGCGGCAUUGAUGAGUCGGCGAAGGAAUUCCCCUCCACUGCGCCUUGCUUUUGA